GCCAAGUUUACCCGCUGAGGUGCCAACUUCCAUUCGCUUCAUUGUCAAGUUCGUUCUCGAAACAUGUGGCUCUGUUUUUUUCUGUCGUAUCUCGUAAAAUAUUGUAAAACUUUAAUUUCUAGCGCCGGGUCGCUUUCUACCAGGGUCCUUGCUUUGUGGGACACCUAUCAUGUCACCGCUACAACGACAAUACAAUCGAAUCAAGAAUUCAUGACACACUCGAUCGAUCUCUCAGAGACCGACUGUUUUUUGUUCGAUAUUUUGCAGAUAUCAAGACAUCGAGUUAAAGAUAUUAGUCAACUCGAAAGCGCAGAAUUUCGUUAAGAUGGCCAUGUACAACCACCCUGUUAUCUCGGUGUUAUUGCAAUCUCGCGGAAUAUGACCUCGAGAUCUUCGCGCCACAAAAGUCCACUACGUACAGCGAACCCCAAGACCAAAAGACAACUUCGUUCCUCAAGGUGCAACAAGCUUAAGAUUGUAAUUGCCGAUUUAAAGCCAUCGGGUUUGCAUUGCAUGUAGAAAGCCACGAUGUGAUGUGGACAUGCAUGCGGAAGAUACAGUCAUUAAAGAGGGGAAAUGCAAGACAAACAAGUGUUACGUACUUUGAUCUGUAUAGCUACGGGAAAAAGUUAUGUAAAGUAUGAUUUCCCAUUGGAAUUCUGCGAUUGAGUUUUAGUCCUCCUUGCUCCUGUUUUGCCUUUCGAGAUGUUUCUUCGGUGGUACUCGAGCAAGUUCCUCCUAUUUUCCAUACCCCUCCUUUUCAAUCCCUCGAAUGCAACACCAGUUGCCCCCGUCCAAAAUGGGACCUGUAGAACGACAAAAGUAGCAGUUCUAGGUGCGGGUAUGGCAGGAAUAGCAGCCGCCCAAGCUCUACAUAAUGCCUCUAUCUCCGACUUUUUGAUCAUCGACGUGAACGAUUACAUUGGUGGCAGAGUAAAACAUACCACCUUUGGCAAGAAUCCCGCAACAGGCGAACCAUUCGUCGUCGAAUUAGGAGCAAACUGGAUCCAAGGCCUUGGAUCACCUGGAGGGCCGGAAAAUCCGAUUUGGACGCUUGUGAAGAAAUGGGGGGUUCGGAGUGAAUAUUCCAAUUUCUCGAGGAUUGAAACUUUUGAUGAGAAUGGAGCGGCGGAUUAUAUGGACCAGAUGGAUGUCUAUGAUAAGUCGUAUGUGACAGCGGAACAGGAUGCGGGGAGAAUCUUGAUUCAAAAUCGGCAGGAUAGGACGAUGAGGACGGGGUUGAGUAUUGCGGAUUGGAAGCCCAAGAAGGAUAUGAAGGCCCAGGCUAUUGAGUGGUGGAAGUUUGAUUGGGAGUUUGCUUAUGCGCCGGAACUUUCGAGUCAGACUUUUACUACUGUGGUAUGUGUUUCCCCCCCCUUCUUUUGUGUUUGAGACAUUUGAUAAUAACUUAAUAUAGGCUUACAACAGCACCUUCUAUCAGUUCAGUGACGAAAACAGCUUCGUUAUUGAUCAGAGAGGGUAUAACUACUUUAUCGAGUCCGAAGCAUACACUUUCCUUCAACCAAAUGAUCCCCGUCUUCUUCUAUCCAAAAAUGUCACCUCCAUCACCUACUCACCCAGAUCUGUGACCGUCUCCCUCUCUGAUGGUUCAUGUGUGACCGCCGAAUACGCAAUAUGCACCUUCUCCCUAGGCGUCCUCCAAAACGACGUAGUAGCCUUCGACCCCCCUCUCCCAGCGUGGAAACAGGAAGGCAUAGAAGGAAUGGAAAUGGGAACCUACACCAAAAUCUUCCUGCAAUUCCCACCUGCUGCCGACGGUUCCUUCUUCUGGGAACACGGCCCCUUAGCCGGAACAGAGUAUUUCCUGUACGCCGACCCCACCGAGCGAGGUUGGUAUCCCGUCUGGCAAUCGCUUACACCCCCUGGUUUUAUCCCCGGUUCUGGGAUUUUCUUUGUGACGGUCGUUUACGCGCAGAGUUAUAUUGUGGAGGCACAGGAUGAUGAGACGACGAAGAGAGAGGUGAUGGAUGUUUUGAGGAGGAUGUUUGGAGAGGGGAUUCCGGAGCCGCUGGAUUUUAUGUAUCCGCGCUGGAGCUUGGAGCCUUGGGUUUAUGGGAGUUUCUCGAAUUGGCCUCCCGGGUUGAGCUUGGAGACGCAUCAGAAUUUCCGGGCGAAUCUGGGAAGGUUGUGGUUUGCGGGAGAGGCUACGAGUGUGGGAUACUUUGGCUGGGUUCAUGGUAUGUCUGGCCUUUUUUUUAUUUCUUUGAUUUCGAGGGUUAUGACUGACGUUUUUCGAACAGGUGCAUAUACGGAAGGCCAAAUGGCUGCUAAUACGAUUGCGGGAUGUCUGACGGGAAACAGCACAAUUUGCAGGAACAGAGCUUCGUAUGAGACAAUUCGUGGAUGUACGACUGGUGAUAGGAUGAUGACGCCGGUGAACGGGUUUACUGUUGAUACUAUGCAGACUUGGGGAUAUGGUGAUUGAGUUUUGAAUUUAGCUACGAGA